GAUCUGGACGUGCGCCGAUUGCGCGGGCGACGAGGCCUUCUCAAAGCCGGACGCGUUCCUGCCGAGGGCGCUGGCGGGCUACGCGGCGGAACCAUCAUUGCGAUUGCAGGGCGCGGCGCCGGCCCGCCUCAUGACGCUGACCUUCGAUGAGGAGACAGUGGCGCGGGCGGCGGUGGUCAUCGGCGGACCAUUCGAAAAUUACCGCGACUCCUCCGGCGUUGUCACUGUCUUCGGCGACGGCUCGGGCGGGCUCUUCUCCGCCGACCCGAAAAAGAGGAGGUGCGGCGCUGCGAUCGCGGUCUUCGCCCUGGGAUCCGACGGAAGUGGCAAGCCGUUGCCGGGCGCUCUGUGCCACGCGUCGGCUCGCGGCAAGAUUGUGACGUUCGUGCUGACGCUGGAAUCCAACUCUGGCGCGAUGAACUUCGUGACUGACCACAAGCCGCUGCAAC